CAAGAUCUAGCCUCAUGUUAGCCUACCAAGUAUUUUUAGCGGAGAUCGCUUGAAAGUGGUGUAACACGGUCGGUAUAUUGCUUCGUAGGAUGACAGCAUCUGCACUUCGCAUACGGACUAGCUAUGAAGCCCUUUUACGGAUUAGGCUCGGUCGAGCCGUCCAAUUGAAAGAAAAUAUCCGAUAUCAGCGACUUCUCCCAAACACACAAGGCGCAAAAGGCAAAGCCACCCUGGCCACCCAUUGUAGGGAACUAUCCGUAUAUGAUACGCCGGCUGAAAUGCCAAGUCCUGUAUGUGACCCCUCUUUCCAUCAUCCGCGAGAUCUUCGCGCCAAUCUGAGCAUGCUUCGUUGUGUUGAUGAAGAUCAACGGAGAUGCAAACUGAGGGAAAGGUAUAUACUGUGUGUUUUGGAGCAGAGGUUGGCGGGCGGGCGGCUCACAACAAGGCUUGUUCGAAACCACCACAGUACUCUUUCGGUACCU